CGGCCUGCUCCUGCCCGAGCGACCGGCGGCGCCGAGCCUCGCCGUGCGGCCCUCCGCGCCGGCGCGCGCAGCACUGUGCAUGGUUGACCCGUGGGCGGAGCAGAGCGGCAUCGACGUCAACUCGAUCAUCGGUGCGGCGGUCGGGCUGCUCGGCGUUGGUGGCGGCGUAGGGCUCAUCGCGUUCACCGAGAACGCGGGCAAAAGGAACGAGGAGGCGGACAACUCGCAGCCCUGCGUCACGCCCGGCUGUGUCGCGAACGGUGGCGUGGUCACGUGCAAUGUCUGCAAAGGCACCGGCGUGGACCCCCUCUCGGAGCUGGUUGCCGGCGUGCGCCAGGCGACCGGAGAUACCGCAUCGGCGAACGUGGUCAAGGUGGAGGACUGGGGCGGCGACAGCGCCCGCGAGGUGGUCAUGUACGAGAAGCUGCUCUCCAACUUCCCGCCAAAGGUGACGGAGGAGGUUUGCCUCGUAUGCGACGGCCGGGGCGUCGUCGUCUGCGACAACUGCCAGGGGACGACCGUCCAGCCCCGCUUCCUGGAGCGAUAUUCGCCGGACGACUUUAUGGACUGAUGCGCGUGCGCUCUCUUGCGCCUGCGCUCUCUGGCUUUACUUGCCCCAGUACCAUGGAUCUGUCUCACACAUGGACAGCUCCGUCGGCGCUCGCAGGAUGUUGCUGCGCGUGGCGUUGCUGUGAGAGUCGUCAGCCCGGAGCGCCCCCGAGGGUCUCGAGAGGUAGAAUAUGUAAUAAACUC